CUCUUUUCUUCCUUAUGCCGUCCUCGUCAAAAACUUGAGACGGCCUUUCUAAUCUCCACUAGGCACUAUCCCCCCACCCCAUCUUCUUCCAUCGCCUUCCCUCAGGCCUCAACUGUCUUGUCAGCCUCGCUAUCUUUUUUCUGAACUUGUCCAGUCCACUGCCCGCUAACCAAACUUUUGCAGACCUCCCCCUUUGUCCCAAGAAGAGAGAAAACUAGAAGAGAGAGAAACUUUCCUUCUCUCCUUCACAAACUCAACAAAACCCAUUAAUGAAAACUCCCUAGGAACAGGCACUAGCAGAUGCAGAAUGCAAAGCCCGUCGCCGUUGCAGCAGAGACUGUGGCUGCUGCAGCGACCCAGCCACACCUAUUCGACGCCGUUCCUUUCCGCUUCUCCUCCAAGGAACAACCGAUUCCCCUUCUCCCCACUUUACCUUCCCUUCCCGGCCCGAGGCCGCCGAGCCCUCCCCGGCGGCGGCGGCGGCGAAGACAGUAAGCUAACAGAACCAGCAACACGCCUUGUUAAGGACAGCAAUUUCAGCGAUAUCAGCAUCGAUUCACGAGUGGUCCUGUCGUCCUGCCUCGUCGGCCUCCUCACCGGCAUCGCCGUCGUCCUCUUCAACAACGCCGUGCACGAACUCCGCGACCUCUUGUGGGACGGAAUUCCUCACCGAGGCGCUUCCUGGCUGCGAGAGGAGCCGCUCCACUCCAAUUGGGCCCGGGUCGUCUUGGUCCCCGCUGCCGGCGGAUUGGCAGUCGCCGCCUUGAACCAGCUGCGCUCUUCUCUCCCCGAUUCCUCCGCCCUCCUCCGCCCUGUUCUCAAGGCGCUGUCGGCUUCCUUCACCCUCGGCACCGGCAAUUCCCUCGGCCCCGAAGGCCCUAGCGUCGAAAUUGGGGCUUCCAUCGCCAAGGCAAUUGGGGCAUCGCAAUCAGACUCCAACACCAAGCUCUCCCUCCUCGCUGCCGGAUCCGCCGCGGGCCUCUCCUCUGGUUUCAAUGCCGCCGUCGCUGGCUGCUUCUUCGCCGUCGAGUCGGUCUUGUGGCCGUCUCCCUCCGAUUCAUCAUCCGGGUCACUAACCAACACCACCUCCAUGGUUAUACUCAGCGCAGUAAUCGCUUCCGUUGUAUCACAAGUCGGUCUGGGCUCCGAACCUGCAUUCAAAGUCCCAGAUUACGACUUCCGCUCUCCGAGUGAGCUACCUCUGUAUCUGUUGCUGGGUAUACUCUGCGGCUUGGUUUCACUAGCCUUAUCUAGAUGCACCUCAUUUAUGAUCUUGGCUGCAAACAAGCUACACGAAGAGGCCGGGAUACCAAGAGCUGCGUAUCCUGUAAUUGGUUCCUUGGCGACUGGGGUAAUAGCAUUGGCAUACCCGGAAAUCCUUUACUGGGGGUUUGAGAAUGUCGAUGUUUUGCUCGAAUCCCGGCCAUUUGUGAAAGGGCUGUCAGCUGAUCUGUUGGUUCAGCUGGUGGGAGUCAAGAUUGUAGCGACGUCUUUGUGUCGUGCAUCUGGGUUGGUAGGAGGCUACUAUGCUCCUUCUCUGUUUAUUGGUGCGGCGACUGGAAUGGCAUAUGGCAAGCUCAUUGCGCUUGCAGUUGCUCAGUCCCAUUUUACGGAUCAACUUUCCAUCUUGGAAUUGGAAGUGGCUUCACCACAAGCUUAUGGCCUGGUUGGAAUGGCUGCAACUCUAGCAGGAGUGUGCCAAGUGCCUCUGACUGCAGUUCUACUAAUGUUUGAGCUCACGCAUGACUACCGAAUAGUUCUCCCACUACUUGGAGCCGUCGGAUUAUCUUCAUGGGUAACCUCGGGUCAAAUGAAAAGAGAUGGUAGAGACGUCAUGAAAAAACAAGAUUCGAAAGAUCCUACUACUCGGGCUCGAAAUAAUAAGGGAACAUCAUCCUCAGAUGCAAGGCUCCCUCCCACCACCGCAAGCGACCUCUGUGAAAUUGAAGCUUCCCUUUGCAUGGAUGAUUCCGUUCUUACAAGUCCAGCAUCUAGCAAACCAAUCCUCGUUUCUCAAGCCAUGAGAACCAGAUACGUAGCUAUUUCUAUGAACACUUUACUUAGUGAAGCAGUGAGACUUAUGCUUAAAGAGAAGCAGUCUUGUGCUGUAAUUCUUGAACAUGAUGGUGCCCUGAUUGGGUUACUUACACUUGAAGAUAUCGAAAACUUCAUCAAAACUGUGAAAUCGGGAAGCUGGAAAUUAGAGGAGUUCCCUGUAUCGGAAUUAUGUUCAUCAGGUGCCCGAACCUGUGAGGUGCCUUGGACCGUGAAUCCCAGCAUGGAUCUCCUUUCAGCACAGCAGAUGAUGGAUAGGCACGGUUUUGAUCAGGUGCCAGUCAUCUCGGAGAGUUUGAGAGGCGGAAGAGGCUAUCUAGUUGGCCUUUUGGACAGAGAAUGUAUCGAUUUUACGCGCAGGUUUCUCAGCAGCAACAUACUCAGUUGAAUUAUUUCGUGACUCGUCAUGUGCUCAAUUACCCAUAUUUGUAAAUGCAAGGGGAUUAAUCCCAUGACAUGGUUUUGUGAUCAGUUUUGCUGUAUAGUUCAUUUGUAAAUGCAAGUGAUUAAUCCCAUGACAGGGCUUUUGUGAUCGUUUUUGCUGUAAAGUUCAUUUGCAUAUUUUGUAUGCAAUGUAAAUCCACAGAAAGAUAAAUAUAACUAAGCAAUAUCGUAUUGUAUA